UAAAUAAUUUUCAUUUGGUUCAAUUCCAUAUACCAUACUCCUUCUUUCCAAAGCCACCCACGCUCGAAACAACAAAAUCUUCCAUUCACCGCUUCAGCGAUUCUCUCACUCUCAGAUUCUCUCUCUCCCUCUCUCUCCGCCAUUGCCAAUGCCGAUACCUCCUUCUCUUCCUCCUUUACCGCCGCAACUUUCGCUUCUUAUCUAACCGUUUCCACCGGAGAUUCUCCUCCGGUGAUUCUCGCCGACGUUCCGUAACAAUUUCUAGGGUUUUCUAUUCGCUGUUACGCUCUCGUUUGAUUCGUACUUAUUCGCCGUGGCAUCGCCGCCGAAAUGCCUCCGUCGCGUAAACGUGCAGCAAACAAGGCCAAAGCCAAUGCGAACUUGAGGCUCGGCGAUCUCGUUCUAGCUAAGGUUAAGGGAUAUCCUCCUUGGCCUGCCGUUAUAAGCAGGCCUGAAGAUUGGGAAAAAACCCCUGAUCCGAAGAAGUUCUUUGUUCAAUUUUAUGGGACAGAAGAAAUAGCUUUUGUUGUCCCUGCGGAUAUUCAGGCAUUCACCAAUGAGGUCAAAACUAAGUUGACUACUCAGUGUCAUGGUAAGACUAAGUGCUUUACCCGAGCUGUGAAAGAAAUCUGUGCAGCAUAUGAUGAGUUAGAGAAACAGAGAGCUGGUGGUUUGACAGAUGGCACUGAUGAUGCACAUGUUGGUUCAGAGGCCCCUUCUUUUGAUGGGGUAGCGGGUGGCAUUAAGGAUGCUACUGAUGCUGUGGUAUUGAAUGUAGAAAAAGCGAAGACUAUUAUGGAAGAUGUUGGCUCACAUUUGGAGCACUAUGAACAAAGAUGUGGAGAAAGUGAUUGCCAAGAUGAAAAGCCUUCUGCAUCUGGCCGUCCAACUGACAGUUCAUCUCCAGUUUUGUCACCUGUGUUGGAAAGUAAAUCAUCCAUUGGUACAGAACUAAACAAGCAUACUAUCAAAUCUGACCUUGAGGAUCAGUCAUGUCUAAAAACUGAAGUUUCUGAUUUUAUGGAUGUAUGCGAUGUUAGUGACUUCAAGCAAGCUGAUAAUGUACAGAGUGUUUCUAUCGAUAGGAACAAGACAAGAAAGCUUGUUACUGACUCAAGGAGGAGAAGUGAAGCUGCAGCUGAUAAAGAAAUAAGUGGAUUUAAUAUAGCAUUUUCGAAGGGUGAGAAAUCUGCAGGCUAUGCUAAUCUUUCUAGGUCUAAAGAAACAAUGGAAGAUGGGAAAAAAAGGAAAAAUGCAUUUUUUGUCGAUUCUGCAGAUGGUUGUAUGUCAGACCCUGAUACUAAGAGUGGAAAUAAAAAUAAGAACUUGCUGAAAGCAAAAACAAGUCUUAAGGUAAAAAAUGAGUUGCAGGAGAAUUUUUUGGAUUCUGAGGAGUCUGAUAGAAAGAAUUCUAUUAAGAAAAACAAAAAUCAAAUUCAAGGAAAGCGUAAUUUGGGAACAAAUCAAACUUUGCAUGCUGCAAAAAAGUUCAAGCGUAUGGAUGUUAAAGACAACAAGACUUUAAAACCUCUUCCUGGUGAUAUUAAGAGUGCUUCCCCUGGCUUUCCUGUUGUCAAGGACAAGGCAUUAAAAAAAACAGAGUUGAAAAGGUCUUUGUCACGUUUGAAAGCAGAGAAAGGGUUGUCAUCAAGGGCUCAGACCGCAAUUUUAGGUUCCAGUGAUUCUGUUUGUGAAGUGCUGAAUGGUACAAAACAUCAUAACCAAGUACGGAAAGCUACUGCUAGUCUUUCUUCUGGUGAACAUGCAGAUAUGAGUUCUCCUAGACUGAAAGGUGAUGCAGAUAAUCCUGCAGUUAAACAAGUACGCAGGAGACGCAGAGCGGUUUGCCUUUUUGAUGACGAUGAUGAUGAUAAUGAUGAAUCAAAGACUCCUGUUCAUGGUGGAGCUUCUAAAAAUAUUAGAUCAUCCUCUAAUGUUUCAGAGGUUGUGAAAAGCAAUGAUCCAUUGGUAGAGAAUAAUGAUGUUUCUCAGCUAUCUACUAAGGAAAAUCCUAGUUCACUUGAGGAUAGCCAUUUGGAAGGACACUUCACUAUAUUACGUAAUGACUCUUUGGAUACAGGGCAUCCUCAAAAAGAGAAUGCUGAUGAAGUUGUUGCUGUCAAUUCACCUCGCAGUCCUGAGAAAUUAGAUCCAAAGCGUUUUCCUUCAAACGUAGAAAAAUUAAGCUCCACCUCUCCAGUGAAUUCUCCUCAGUCUCUUCCUACAACAAAGUCAAGUGCUGAGAACCAUAAUUCUUCCAAAGCUUUGCCUAAAAUAAGUUCCAUCUCUCUAUUAAAUUCUCCUCAGUCUCUUACACCAAAGUCAAAUGCUAAGCGGCUUAAUACUUCCCAAGCUAUGCCUAAAAUAAGUUCCAUCUCUUCGGUAAAUUCUCCUCGGUCUCUUCUUACAGCAAAGUCAAAUGCUGAGCGACAUAAUUCUUCCAAAGCUAUGCCUAAAAUAAGCUCCAUCUCUCCAGGAAAUUCUCCUCGGUCUCUUCCUAUAUCAAAGUCAAAUUCUGAGCAGCAUAAAUCUUCCAAAGCUUUGCCUAAAAUUAUCAGCAAUGCUACUCAAAAGAAGGCUGAUAAUGGGUCUUCUAAGAGUUUAAUUAGCAUCAGCACAUUGCAGAGUCAAGUUAUAACUCCAAAGAAGAAGUCUGUGUCAUAUGUGGAAAGGUCUAAAACUACCCCAAAGACAUUGUCACAGUCAGUUAAAGUUCAUACUACCACAGAAAGUUUAAAGGAACUUGAUGCUAUUCAUGUUGAUAGAUUAGAGUUGGACGCAGAAGAAAAAAGUAGCCUAUAUGUUGACUAUGGGUCUCCAGAAAAUGCCAAAACUAUGAAGCAUCUUAUUGCAGUUGCCCAGGCAAAAAGGAGACUAGUAGCUCAAUUUCAGUGUCAUCCUUUUGACCUUCAUAAUGUACAAGUGGGAACACCUAGUCCCUCUACAGUGCAGCCAUUUCUGUCCGUGCCUAGCAAUAAUGGCCGGGCAGAUAUGCUGGGAGUUUAUGAGCAGCCGACAUUAGCUUCUCCAUCAACCAAUGAGUAUCAUUCCACUUCUCAAAAUCAACUUGAUGCUGAAGAAAAUGAGGAGAGAAGAGUUGGUUCGGGGCAAAGGGCUGCUGAGGGAUCUCUGAGUGGAGGUACUGAGGCUGCUAUUGCCCGUGAUGCCUUUGAAGGAAUGCUUGAGACUUUGUCAAGGACCAAGGAAAGUAUUGGGCGCACAACACGUCUUGCCAUUGAUUGUGCCAAGUAUGGUAUUGCCAAUGAGGUUAUUGAACUUCUUAUCCGAAAGCUAGAAAGUGAAACUAGUUUUCAUCGUAAAGUGGAUUUGUUCUUUCUUGUUGAUUCCAUAACCCAAUGCUCACACAACCAAAAAGGCAUUGCAGGGGCUUCCUACAUGCCUGCAGUUCAAGCAGGGUUGGCGCGUCUUCUUGGUGCUGCUGUCCCUCCUGGGACCAGUGCCCGUGAAAAUCGUCGACAAUGUCUUAAGGUUUUAAGGUUGUGGCUUGAGAGGAAAAUUUUUCCUGAAUCAGUUCUUCGCCGUUACAUGAACGAUAUUGGAGGUUCAAGGGAUGAUAUGACAGUGAGCUCUUCUUUCCGACGUCUUUCUCGAACUGAACGAUCUGUGGAUGACCCAAUUAGAGAAAUGGAAGGCAUGCUUGUUGAUGAGUAUGGAAGUAAUGCUACAUUUCAGCUGGCUGGCUUUUUGUCUUCACACUUGUUUGAAGACGAGGACAAUGAUUUUCCUAAUAAUGCCUCUCCAACGAAUCCUACUCACAUUCCUGUGGAGUCAGAAACUUCUACUGUUACCCCUAGUGACAAGCGCCACUGUAUCUUAGAAGAUGUGGAUGGUGAGCUAGAAAUGGAGGAUGUUUCAGGCCAUCUAAAAGAUGAAAGGCCUGUAUUGUUGAACAGUACCUCAGAAAUGGAUUUUCAACUUCAGGGCUCAGAUAGGACAUUGGAUCCAGCAUCAAACGUUUCUGGAGAGCUACAUGUUUUUCCCGAGGGUUCUCCUCCAUUACCAAUAGGCUCACCUCCUACUCCCCCACCUUUGCCCUCUUCACCACCACCUCCAUCAUCCCAACCUCUCCCCCCACCCCUGCCAUCCACAUUGCUACAACCUUCACCUCCUCCUUUACCACCUCCCGUUCCUACUCCACCGUUGAUUGCUCAAUCAUCUGGAACAGCUCAGUCUUCCAUUUUUACCCAGGCGUUAGUACCAUCACACCAGUCAUCGCCGCUAUCAGGGUAUCAGCAGCUUCAUAACUGCAAUGGCGCAACUAGUGGCGUCCAAAUAGUUCAAAUGGCUGAAAAUUCUUUUCCUGGAGGUCAAAAUAGUUCAGUUGUGAAGAAUGAAAUAUUGCCACAGCCAUCUGCUUGCUUUCCUCCAAUGGCAGGUUGCAGCUCUCAGGAACCUUCUGAUUUAAACCCUACAAGGCAGUUGGAAUAUGGACAGAGUGAUAUGCAUCCAAAUUCUCAAAUUCCUCAACAUAAUCAGCAAUUUCAUAUGGGUAAUCCUCAUUUUACUCCAAGACACAUGCAUCCUACCCCACCCCAAAAUCCAUCUAACCAGUAUUCAUAUGCAAAGCCUUCAGUUCAGCAGCAUCUUCCACAUUCUUUCUGUCCUCCUUAUGCGUUGACAUCCGUUCCAGAUGGCCAGAGGCAAUUUGUUGCAAAUGAGCAAUGGAGGAUGCCAACAAGUGAAUUUAAAUUAAACAAUCAACAUGGUUUAUGGAAAGGGAUAAAUCCUUCAUGUCCUGGUCCACCCUUUGGGCAGGAAGAUUAUUUUCGGCCACCACUGGAAAGACCACCAAUGAGCAAUGUUGGUUUUCAACAUGCGAACCCCAACAAUAUACCUGUUCCUCCUUCGAAGUCAGGAUAUGGUGUUCCUCAGAUGUUCCCUUGUAGGCCAGACAUUCCUGCACUUAAUUGUUGGAGGCCUACUUGACGAUUGAGUUUUUUUUCCAAUUCAUCUGCAAUAUUAUUAUUGCUGUUGCUGAUGGAUCAACAAACAAGGUUACAUAGUGUCUCCUGACGAUAAUUCACUUGUGUAGUACGUAAGACUACCCCCGAAGAAAAUUUUGAAAACUUGUGGAGGCCUUUAGCAGGACUGUAUAUUUUGAUUUUUCCUGAUGACAAAUCCCAAGAACAUUUGCUCCCAAGUUUAGUUCCUUGUUUUGACAUUUUUAGUUUAUCCGCUUCUCUCACCUCUUGUAAUUAUUACAAAAGAUCUACACAUAGAAAUCAGUUUAUACACUCAGUUUUGAAUACAAUAAUUAAAUGUUGAUGUUACUAUCUAGCCUUUGGUUUCUUUUUCAGAAUAUUUUUCGUUAGCCCUUUCUAGUUUUUCAUUUGUGAUAUUUUAAAGUUUAUUGGAAAAUAAAAAACAAAAAUGGAUUAACUGAUGGCAGGUAGGGUUAACAUUUUAUUUUAAUGGAGUUCUUCUCAUAAUGCUAAAUCCUAGCUCCAUAAAAAAGUUAGCUAUGCAUUUAUUUCUCAUAGGCUCCAUGCAAAUGCCAUCUUAGAUGACCUGAACAUCUAAACUUCAUUCUAGUUAUUAUAUUUUUAAUGAUUUUUAAAAUUUGUUUGUGUUUUCCUUGUAGCUGAUUGGAUUAUUUGGGUAGAAAUUAAUGCUGGGUUAAAUGUAUUGUGUUUUGUCCUAAAAGUUGCUAAAAAGAUAAUUUUAAGGGAAAAAGUGAACAUUGUUUGAUAGAGAGCUAAUUGGUUGUAUAUGAUUAGCUAAUGUAAAUGGCACUCCUCCUAAUUGUAUAGAGUAACAAAAAUUUGGUUAUUUUACUUUGACAAGGAUAUAGUGUAAACUGAAAAUUCAAUAUGUUCAGGUUAUGGUGUUCACAUUUAAACCAGGCAGAAAACUAGUUUCGUGUGAGACAGCCUGGUUGUUAUAUUUUAGUUUUCUAAUUGAGCUGUUAAUAAAGCUCUUCUUUUCUCAAGAGGUCAUGAAUUGAUUGCUUUUUGAUGAUUUUUUUUCUAAACUGUGUUGACAUUAUUUUAUUUAUUUCUUCAGAGUUCAGAGUAAUACUGACAUUGUGAAAAGGCCAUGCGUCAAACGCCCUGUCUGUGUCAUACAGUGUUUGAGAAAUCAACUGAUGUGGCAUGCUCCUGAUUUUGAAUUAGUGAAAGACAAAUGAAGUUUGAGAAUGACCGUCAAAAUUGCUGUCAAAUGAUCUCACUGAAUACUGUCACAUGCUGAAUAAAUGGAGUAUAUUAAGCUCAAAGCAACACAAACAGGUCUCAGGCUAAUACAUUUUAGUUCACUCUGGUGUACUCCAAUUUUUAUAUCAAGCAUAUAAUAAUGCGAGUUGCAUAACACCUAUAUUGUUGAAAAUGAAUAAGUAAAUUGACCAUUUCAGGUUUUUGCAAAAGCAAGGAGGAUAUAGUGAUUACUUUUUUGUGUGUUUUCAAUGCAGUCACUGGAAAAAUAAAGAAUCAUCUCAUUUGGAACUGUAGAUUUUUGAUCUAAAUGUUUGACAGAGGAACAGAGAAUUGUCAGUGACUUGAAAUUUCUAUAGAAAGAUAUUUAAAAUUGUAAAAAUAGUUGUGAUAGGCCUGACAGUACAUUUUUAUGUUGUACUGUAUAAUACAGAUUGAUACCUGCAUAUCUUCAUGCACUUGGUGUUAGUUUAUAUGUAUUUUCACAGAAGAAACA